GUUACACGACUCUCUCAUACCGAGUCUGGAUGAAACGUCGACUUGGUCUUACGGCCAUCUGUUUAUAUUCCAACACUAUUCACACACAAGGGUUGAUUCGCCCCCUGAAUAAGUGAUCACCUCGACUGCGUCAAGAUGUCAACUAGUGAUUGAACAAUUUUGGAACUGUUCAUUCUGUCCGAAAAAGCCAUCGAACUAUUUGAGUGUGUGUGUGUGUGUUUGGUGUUGGAAAGGAGAAAAGAGUUGUGUGUGUGUGGGUUGCCCCGUUUGUGUUGCCCAUGUUUGGUCACGGACGGGCAUCGCCUCUCUCUUGGAAAUUAUUGUUUGGUGCUCUAAGCUACAGGUGCUCUGCUGCUGCCUUGUGAGAGAGAGAGAAGAAAAAUUCAAGAUGAUUGCCGACGGACAUUUGGUCGGUGACGGGAGCUGGGAAUUGAAGGUGUUGGUGACUGACUUGUCGGUCGAGCGAUGUCUCCGGGUCAAAGGUGACCUGCACAUUGGUGGUGUUAUGCUGCGUCUCGUCGAGGAAUUAGAUAUUGCGGCGGAUUGGUCGGAUCACGCUCUUUGGUGGCCAGCCCGGAACUGUUGGCUGUCGAGGACCCGUUCGACGCUGGAUCAGUAUGGCGUCCAGGCGGAUGCUCUGCUGCAUUUCACUCCCAUGCACAAAACGCUGCGCGUCCAGCUGCCAGAUUUGCGCUACUUGGAUUGCCGGGUGGAUUUCAGCGUCAAGACGUUCAACGCCGUCGUGACGCUGUGCAAGGAGCUCGGCGUCCGGCAUCCGGAGGAGCUGUCGUUCGCCAAGCCGCUCGAGUCUGACGAUUUGCGCUACAAUUAUCGCGAACGUGAGUCCAACACGUCGCACAAGAAGCGGACGGUGGCCAACAAUUCGGCCGACACCAACACGUUCAUCGGGCACCACGGCAAUUCGACUCACAGUUCCAACAACAGUUUGGACAACAUUAAGGCCACCUCCGGAUGUACGCCCGUCCUGCCCAACACGACCAUCAAUCGGUCCCCGGCUCCCGUACCCACGCCCAUCAGCUCACCAGUUAAUUCGGGCACGUGGAGAAAGAAUUCACCGUAUUCGACUCCGGGCAGCAACGGCCACAAUGCGACACCAUCCAUCUUUGACAUGACUGCCAACAACAGCCUCAACACGACGGCCAACAGCAGUUUCUCCAAUAUGGAUAUGUCGCUGGCGCUCAGUCCGGCCACACCCAGCCAGGAGGCCCGAUCCAGGCUUCUUCGACCCAAAAACUUGAUCGAACGGGCUCGUCUUAAUGUGGCUUGGCUGGACUCGUCCUUGUCCAUCAUGGAGCAAGGCGUGCGGGAAUACAGCGCGCUCCUGUUGCGCUACAAAUUCUACUCAUUUUACGACCUGAAUCCAAAGUACGACGCCGUGCGCAUCAAUCAGAUUUACGAGCAGGCCAAAUGGCAGUUGCUCAACGAGGAGAUUGAUUGCACUGAAGAGGAGAUGCUCAUGUUUGGGGCCCUUCAGCUCCAAGUGAAUUUACAAAGUGCCCAGCCUCAGCCGCUGAGUGACACUCGUGACGGCGACGACGAUAUCGACGCCGCCCUGAGUGACCUCCAGGACACUCUGGAAGGCACCCACGUUCACAGCAACACUAGUGACAUCACUUCCAUACCGGAAUUGUCGGAUUUUCUUCGUUACAUGAAGCCGAAACGCUUCACCUUAAAAGGCUUUAAACGUUAUUGGUUCGUCUGCAAGGAUUUACAAUUGUUUGCCUUCAAGAAUAAAGGAGAGUCGGGUUCCGGGCCAGCCCAUCAGAUCCCGUUACGAGGUUGCGAAGUCACUCCGGAUGUCAAUCUGUCGCAAGACAAAUUUGGUAUCCGGUUGGAAGUUCCCGGCCCGGAUGGCAUGUCCGAGAUGUGGAUCCGGUGCGAUUCCGAAGCCCAAUACGCCAAAUGGAUGGCGGCCUGCCGUCUAGCGGCUAAAGGUAAAACGAUGGCCGACGCAUCUUACGACGCUGAAGUCAGCUCGAUUUUGGCUUUUCUGGCCAUGCAGAAACCGGCCCCGGCGCCGGCCAUCAAUCCUUCUUCACUCGACAUCCAGCCCGACGACUAUGUCGCUCCUCGUUUCAUCCGCAAACUCAAAAACAAGUCGUGCGCUGGGUGCACUGGAACGCAGGCUGAUAAAUCGGUAUCAACUCGAAUCCUGGAAGCGCACACAAACGUCAAAGAUUUGUCAUUAACCGAAGCCAAGCUGAAUUACAUUAAAGCUUGGCAAUCUUUACCCGAGUACGGCGUCUCGCUCUUUGUCGUGAAAUUCAUGGGCCAGCGUAAGGAAGAGCUGCUGGGCGUGGCCUUUAAUCGAUUGAUGAGGAUGGACUUGACGACGGGCGAUCACAUCAAAACGUGGCGCUACAACACGAUGAAGGCGUGGAACGUCAACUGGGAAGUGAAGCACAUGAUGGUCCAGUUUGAGGAGGAGAGUGUCAUCUUCAGCUGUUUGUCGGCCGACUGCAAAGUGGUGCACGAGUUCAUCGGCGGCUACAUUUUCCUGUCAAUGCGCUCCAAAGAAGCCAAUCAAACUCUCAACGAGGAGCUCUUCCACAAACUGACUGGCGGCUGGUCUUAGACGUUGUUUGUUUGAUUGUGGGGACGACGACGACAACCCGGAAUUUUAUAAAAAUUCACGCCUCCAUCCAUUUUUAAUCACGCUUCCGCAUUCUUUGAUUGUUUUUUUCUAAAAAAACAAGGCAAAGUUAUUCUUCUCUCUUUUUUUCAUUGACGAGGACAAUCCAAUUAAUAUCUCUGCUCCCGCCACGUGUUUUUAAUUCCCCCCCCCCCAAUCCUCACGCGCUAGAUUUUUUUAGCCCUUUGAUGGCGAAAAACGUUGUUACAUUAACCGAAUAGGCCUAAUUUAAUGGUGGCCCGAUGGUGCGAUUUUUGUGCCUUGUCUCUUCGUUUAAACAAAAAUUCCCGAUGGGUUCUAAAUGAACAAGAUAUACAAUCACCUUCACGCCUCCAUCACGCACGGCUUUUCAUAUUAUUAUACGGAGCGAGUGUGUAAUAUCCGAUUUUAAAAACCACCACAGAAGAAACAAAAUGUGCCUUUUUUAAAACAAACAAACACAAAAUAUCCCAAUUGUUUGGUAUACUGAAAGAAGCAACGAGUCAUAAGACGUUCUGCAAUGAUUAACGAUUAUAAUUAUACAUAUUAGAAUUUGUUUUUCUUUUCAAUUGACCACAUGCGCCUCUUUUUAAAACAAUCACCUAUUUUAGCUGUCCUUUUAUUGAUUGUAGUGUGCUUCUAGUUUCGUGAAUAAUUAACUUACCGAGAUGAAGAAAAAAAGCAAGACAAAAAAUGUGUUCGGUGUCUUGUAUUUGUGUGUGCUAUGAUCCUUUCUUGUUUCAAAAAUACAUUUUUGGCUAAUCCAUUAA